AUGGCGUCCAACGGCGACAAAUACGACCCCGAGGUGGAGUCGGACUCCGACUCGGGCCCCGGCUCCCCCGCCCUUGAUCCUCAGGAUGCGUCCGACAACGAGAUCGACGAGAAGCCCCUCAAGUCGGCCCUGAAGAAGUCGCACGCCCCCGUCCCCGACCCGACCGUCGCCAAGCCGUACCUGCCACCACAGACCGACCCCAAGGACCUAGACGUCAGCACUCUAUCUCCCCUGACGCCCGAGAUCAUUGCACGGCAGGCCACCGUCAACGUCGGCACCAUCGGCCAUGUGGCGCACGGCAAGUCGACCGUGGUCAAGGCGAUUUCGGGUGUGCAGACCAUUCGUUUCAAGAACGAGCUGAUCCGCAACAUUACCAUCAAGCUGGGCUACGCAAACGCCAAGAUCUACAAGUGCGACAACCAGGAGUGCCCGCGGCCAACGUGCUACCGCAGCUACAAGAGCGACAAGGAGGUUGACCCGCCGUGCGAGCGCGAGGGCUGCUCCGGCACCUACCGCCUGCUGCGCCACGUGUCGUUUGUCGAUUGCCCCGGUCACGAUAUUCUGAUGAGCACCAUGUUGUCGGGCGCCGCCGUCAUGGACGCCGCCCUGCUGCUGAUUGCCGGCAACGAAGCCUGCCCGCAGCCCCAGACGUCGGAGCAUCUGGCUGCCAUCCAGAUCAUGAAGCUCGACAAGGUCAUUAUCCUGCAGAACAAGGUCGAUCUGAUGCGCGAGGAGACGGCCCAGCAGCACCACGAGUCGAUCCUCAAGUUCAUCCGCGGCACCGUCGCCGCCAAGUCGCCCAUUGUGCCCAUCUCCGCCCAGCUCAAGAUCAACAUUGACGCCGUGCUGGACAACCUCGUCAACAACAUCCCCGUCCCACCGCGUGAUUUCACCAUGGACCCGCAGAUGAUUGUCAUCCGCUCGUUCGAUGUCAACAAGCCCGGUUCCGAGGUCGACGACCUCAAGGGCGGUGUCGCCGGUGGCAGCAUCCUGCACGGCGUGCUCAAGCUCGGCGACGAGAUUGAAAUCCGUCCCGGUCUGGUCACCCGUGACGAUGCCGGCAACCUCAACUGCACGCCCAUCUUCAGCCGCAUCGUGUCUCUCAACUCCGAGUCCAACGACCUCAAGUACGCCGUGCCUGGUGGCCUGAUUGGUGUCGGUACCCACAUUGACCCCACGCUGUGCCGUGCGGAUCGUCUUGUCGGCUUCGUGCUGGGUCUCAAGGGUCGCCUGCCCGACAUCUACAGCGAGAUCGAGGUCAACUUCUACCUGCUGCGGCGGCUGCUCGGUGUGCGGACGGCCGAUGGCAAGCAGGCCAAGGUGGAGAAGCUGUCGAAGAACGAGGCCAUCAUGGUCAACAUUGGCUCGACAUCGACCGGUGCCAAGGUGGCGGCCAUCAAGAACGACGCCGCCAAGCUGGUUCUGACGAGCCCGACGUGCACAAACAUCGGCGAGAAGGUUGCGCUGUCCCGGCGUAUCGACAAGCACUGGCGUCUGAUUGGCUGGGCGACCAUCACUGCUGGUGUCGUUCUGGAGCCGACAAUGCCGUAA